AUGCUUUGUCACUGAUUCCGCUUCCGCUUCGCGCAGGAAGUGAUUCCCCUCAAAGAUCCAGUAGCGUCAGACGCUUCUCUGUCGUUUUACGCUACAAUUUUUUCUGAUUUCGGUGGAGGAUUUAAUCUCAGAAUCCACCGCCAGCAUGAAACUCGUCAGGUUUUUGAUGAAACUGAGCCAUGAAACUGUCACCAUUGAGCUGAAGAAUGGCACGCAGGUCCAUGGCACCGUUACAGGUGUGGAUGUCAGUAUGAACACUCACCUCAAAGCUGUGAAGAUGACCCUCAAAAACAGAGAGCCCACUCAGCUGGAGUCUCUCAGUAUCCGUGGCAACAACAUCCGCUACUUCAUCCUGCCGGACAGUCUUCCUCUGGACACGCUGCUGGUGGACAUCGAGCCUAAAGUCAAGUCAAAGAAGAGAGAGGCUGUGGCUGGCCGCGGGGGGCGAGGAAGAGGACGGGGUCGUGGCAGAGGAAGAGGACGUGGACGCGGCGGGCCCAGGAGAUGAAUCUCUCAAGCCACUGUACAUUUGUGUGCUUUGUACAGCAGUUUUUUUUUUCAUUUCUUUUGAAAACUGUUUUGCGUCUUG